CGUCAGCCUUUCCACCUCUCUACUCUCUCCCCCCUCCCCCACCAAGCUACCACACCAAACCUCCUCCCUUCCACUCUCCCUCCGCACUUCAUGUUUGCCCUCACCUCGUCGGCACUUGCCACUGCUUGCCGCCGUUCGCUCUCCACCGCCGCGCCGGCCCUCGCGUCGCUGUACAACCCAACCGAGGAGCACGAGCUGCUCCGCCAGACGGUCCGCGCCUUUGCUGACUCGGAGGUCCGCCCGCAGGCGCUCGAGCACAACCGCGAGGAAAAGUUCAACCUCGAGCUGUUCCGGCGGCUGGGGUCUGAGCUCGGGCUCCUUGGUAUUACGGUGCCCGAGGAGUACGGCGGCUCUGGCAUGGAUGCUGUUGGUGCGGUGAUUGCUCAUGAAGAGCUCUCUGCUGCCGAUCCGGCCUUUACCCUCUCGUACCUGGCCCACUCGAUGCUGUUUGUGAACAACCUCGCGGUCAACGGCUCGCACGAGCAGAAGCUCAAGUACCUGCCCAAGGCCUGCUCGGGUGAGUUUGUGUGCGGCAUGGGCAUGUCCGAGCCUGCUGUUGGCACCGAUGUGCUCAACCUGACGACGACAGCCCGCGCCAACGACGACGGCUCGUGGACGCUCAACGGUGCCAAGAUGUGGAUCACCAACGGGACGGUGUCCAAGGAUCGCGAGCUCGGCGACGCCUUCCUGGUCUACGCUCGCACGGCAGAGGGCCCCAAGGGCAUCUCGCUCUUCCUUGUCGACAAGGGUAUGCCCGGCUUUGAGCCCGGAGCCAAGAUCGAGGACAAGCUCGGCAUGCGCGCCUCGUCGACCUCGGGCCUGGUCUUUGAGGACGUCGUCGUCCCGGCCGACGCCCUCGUCGGCGAGGUCAACGGCGCCACGCUGUGCAUGAUGCGCAACCUUGAGAUCGAGCGCCUCACCCUCGCCGCCAUGUCGCUUGGCAUUGCUCGCCGCUCCAUCGAGGUCAUGAACAACUACUCGACCGAGCGCAUGGCCUACGGCAAGCCGCUGCGCGAGCACGGCCAGAUGAAGGCCCACCUUGCCAACUCGUACGCCGAGUACAUGGCCGGCCGUGCCUACACCUACGAGGUUGCCUCGCGCCUCGAGCUCGACUCGUACGGCAACCAGCUCGACACCGAUGGCGUCAAGCUCUUUGCCGCAGACAUGGCCAAGGACGUCGCCGACCGCGCCAUCCAGGUCCUCGGCGGCUACGGCUACGUUGGCGAGUACGAGGUCGAGCGCCUCUACCGCGACGCCCGCCUCAUCUCCAUCGGUGGCGGCACCAACGAGGCCCACCAGAACAACAUGUCCAAGGUCAUGGCCCGCAUCCAGCAGUUUGAGUGAGCUCUGCCUCGUUCUGCCGGUCAGGCCCGUCAGUCAUUGAACGCGUGCCUCUCCUC